UCCGGAUUCGGUUUUUUGUAGUACUUUUGUUUUCACAGUUUUACUGUACAGGUGUCCGACAAGUAAAAACAAAAGAGAGAGUGAAGAAGAAGUUACCAACUUCGGUUCCGGUUAAAUCAGACAGUCACAAAGUGUUGUCCUACAUUCCUUAAUUUUCCCUCCAAAAUUUCAUUACUCCCCCCACUAUUUUCCCUCCACCUUCAAAAACCCUAACCCUAACCUCUCUCUCGCUCCUCUCUUUCCCAAUUGGUCGUCUUUCUUUUCUCACUUCCGCAUUUCCCACUCCGCCUUCGAUCCUCUCCAUCAAUUUUUCUUCUUUUUUAUCGUAUUUUUGCCUUCUGAAAUUUCAAUGCUUUUUUUUUUCUGGGGUUCCCGUGGAUUCUGAUCUAGUUUCCGAUAUGAGUUGAAAUGGGUUCUCUCUGGAAUGGCGACGAUGAAAUCAUGCCGAUGGAGACAAACUCAGUCGCCGAUUGCGCAGACACCGAGCCCAUUGACACUCAGAUUUCAAGCCCUCCAUCGUCCGAUGAAAAGGGCAAAUCGAGGGAUGCGGAUGAGUUAGUGCGAGACACCGUGCCUUGUAAUGACACUGUUCCAGUUGAAGAUGCAUUUGAAACCCAAAUGGUAGAUUUUGGUGGUGAAACCCAAUUAAUAGAUUUCGGUGGCGAAACCCAAUUAAUGGAUUUUGGUUGGGAAACCCAAGUAAUGGAUUUUGGUGGCGAAACCCAAGUAAUGGAUUUUGGUGGGGAUACACAGGUGAUGGAUUUCGGUAGUGAUACACAAGCAAUGGGUUUUGGUGGUGAAACACAAGUAUUGGAUGAUAUCAACUGCUAUGCGAACAUGGAGGAGACCCAGUUAUUAGAGUUUGAUGAUGUAGUUGUCAGUGACACUGACAGCGAGGAGUCGGAUACAACUGAAGUUUUCGAUGAUAGUAAGGAUCUAAGUGAUGAUGAAUCAGUACAGAGAGGUUCUGGUCAAUUAGUGAAUGAGGAGAAUAUUCGCCGCACUCCUUGUGAAAAUAGUGUAAAUGGGUUAAUGGAGCAAGCCAAUUAUUCAGUCGACGAUCAACACAAUGCAGGGCUCCAUGUUUCUGCUGCAACACCUGUGGUUGAAGGCUCCCCGGAACUGAGACCAGGUUCUGUGCUUAAGCAUUUUACCUCGGUUUGUGCAGCAUCCUUACAGGCCUCUGAUCUAGCAGCUUGCAGUACGGUUUUGAAGGGCACCAACAGGGGUUCAGCCAUAAAUGGAGAAGAAGUCAGGCAGGAACAUGAUUCAAGGAAUGAGAAAAAAUGCGGGACUGGUGGUUCAACAGCGAGAAAACUUUUUCCUGAGGAUUCAGAUGCUGAAAACACGGAAAUUUCUCAUCACAGCGGUAGUGGUGAAGAAGGGGAAGAUUUGCUUCAGUUUCCUUGUAAUUUGGCAGGGUUAAGCUAUGUUGACUCUCAAGAACCAGGUGAAUUAUCACAAGCUAAUGCACUUGAUUUUGUGGAUAAGUUCCUCCAAAAUAAUCUUGACGAGUCUAAUAAAGAAGUUGGCCAUGGAAAGAGUGCUAGGGACACUUCAAAAUUUGUCUCAAGUGCAAAAGGGCCACAAAUAUUGGCCAAGAAAGCCAAUGACAAAAGCAUAGAUAAAGGGAUUUUUGAUUGGGAUGAUAACCGUGAGGAUGAAGAAGGAGGUGAAUUUUUCCGCCGAAGAAAAGCAGACUUCUUUGAUGGUGGAAGCCAUGGGUGGAGAUCUCUACCCCAACCCCAGAAGUCUAAAGGGAAAAGACAGGAGGAGAAGAAGGACCUCAAAACACAAUUACAAGGAAAGAACAAGAUAAUAGGUGUAGUUCAUUCUGAUUCAAAACUAUUGUUACAUAAAUCAAAAGUCGACAAGAAGACAGCACAUGAAGAUGAAAUGAAGCAUAUAAAGAAUCUUGUCAGUGAGUUUGACGAACAGUUCAACAAUGACUCCCCAGGAGAGCAGUUGGAUACUAAUGUUAAUAAGAACGAUGCACCUGAAAUGAUGAAUGUAGGCUUUGAUACUCAAAUGGCAGCUGAAGCUAUAGAAGCCUUGUGUUAUGGUGUAGGGAUUUCCAAUUGUGAUGCUAGUGAUGAAAAUCAAGGUGCUGGAAAGAGUCCUCCUGAAGGUUUGAUGGGAGAAAAAUCAAAGAAUAGAAUUUGUUCAAUGAAACCUUCUUCUCGAAAAAGAGGGCGUUUUACUGAUGCAGGGGUUGCUUCUCGAGAAACUCGACAAGCCAAGAAAACAAGGGUUGGUGCCAGAUUAAGCAAACACUAUUCAAUUUCACCUCUGGAAUUUUCUAAGAAUGCUAGAAAACAGUGUGAAACAGAGGUGGUGAUAACAAAAUCAAAGAAGGGGAAGUCCAUUGGUAAAAAUCAUCUUAACAUCGAUGGGAACAAAAACAUGGAGAAAAUACCUCCUGUUGCUAUUGACCUAAGAACAGAAGGAUCUAUGAAAAAGAAUUUACAACUGGAUGUUGGUACUUUUACACCCAUUGCACGUCGAACAAGACGGUCUAUGGUGGUAAAUCAGUUAAAGAAAGCUGACAAAGCAUCCAGUGAUUGUGGAGAAGAGUCGAGCGCUCAAACAGAGUAUAUUGCAAAGUUUUCAAAGUCGGGUCCCAGUCGAUCCGGAGAAGUUGGAAAUAAUAAACCAAGCCAACACGAUGGUUCAGAUCUCAAAUUUGAAGCUAUUUGCGAUGGCAUCAAAUUGGAUGCUUUAAGCUUCUCCAAAGGGAAAAGAUCUAGGAGAAAGUUAUCUGGUCAGGUUUGUGGGCCUGAUAACUUAAGUGUUCCGUCUACCCCAUUUGUUCAGCCAGACAAAGUUGGACAGCGUGUCACUAGGCACACAAGAUCGCAGGGUGCUGCUCAAAGAAUUUGUGUUGAUGUAAAAUCAACAAGAAGAACCCGAUCAUGUACACGUGGAGACCAGAAUUUGGCUAGAAAGUAUGCACAUCAAAGUUUAAAAAGUGAUCCUGGGAAAGUUCCUCUUCACAAGGAUGGGAGAAUGAUAUCAGAGAUUAUAACUGGUGAAGAGGCAGUUGGAAUUCCUGACAGGAGAAGUGAUGCAAAUCCAUCUUCUGCUACUAAAAUGAGGGAUGAAUCCCCAUUAGGGAAAUGCAAACCAUCGGAUUCAGGUUGUGCUACUCCAGUUAACAGUAAGGUGCCUGCCAUUGACAAUGAUGCAUCUCCAGUUUGUAUGGGUAGUGAAUAUUUCAAACAGACAUGCAAGAAGACCCCUUCAAGGCCAGGUCUUUUGAAAGAAAUCCGUGACUUAAGUGCAAAUGGGAAUACACCAACUUCAGCAUCAAAGGAUUUAAGGAAGAGAGAUAGGACUGAUGUUCGAGUAUUGUAUAGCCACCACUUGGAUGACGAUGUAAUUAAGCAUCAGAAAAAGAUUUUGGGCCGACUAGGAGUUUCUGUAGCAUCCUCUAUGACAGAUGCCACGCACUUCAUAGCAGAUCAAUUCGUGCGUACAAGGAAUAUGUUAGAAGCUAUUGCUGCUGGAAAACCAGUGGUAACGCAUUUAUGGCUUGAUAGCUGUGGACAAGCUAGUUGUUUCAUCGAUGAGAAAAACUAUAUACUAAGGGAUACUAAGAAGGAGAAGGAGUUCGGUUUUAGCAUGCCAGCUUCGUUGGCACAUGCAUGCCAGCAUCCACUUCUGGAGGGUCGUAAAGUCUUCAUCACCCCAAAUACGAAGCCUGGUAAAGAUAUAAUUUCAAGUCUGGUCAAAGCAGUUCGUGGCCAGGCUAUAGAAAGAAUUGGUAGAUCUGUUUUGGAGGCUGAUAAAAUUCCUGAUGAUCUGUUGGUUGUAUCUUGUGAAGAAGAUUAUGAAAUCUGUGUGCCUUUACUCGAAAAAGGAGCUACAGUUUACAGCUCAGAGUUGCUAUUGAAUGGGAUUGUUACUCAGAAGCUGAAGUUUGAAAGGCAUCGCCUCUUUACAGAUCAAGUUAAGAAAACCCGUUCCACCAUAUGGCUGAGGAAAGAUGGCAACAAGUUCCUCCCUGUGACGAAAGAUAGAUGAGGAAUUAUAUUUGUUCCAUCUUUUUUCCUCCUUCACAGCCAGGCGUUUUCAUUGUGAUGAUGUGCAUUACUAGUUGAGUUUUCCCUGUAAAAAUCUCCAUGUUGUAUAUAACCGUACUACUUGCAAAUAUGUGAAAAGGUUUCUUUGUUCUCCCUUUUUAA